AGACAGGUCGAAGCCGGAAGAGCCCGGCAGCCGGACAGGUUCCCUUUCCACCAAGUGAAGGAGAGUGUCUUUCCAGAGUCAGAGGCAACGCAAGAGAAAGGGGAAGGAGAUGGAAGAGAAGGACUCAGAAAGCCCUGGUGAAAUAUCAAAGAAAUAUCCCCAUCCUAUCCAAGCAGGGAGUGAGGCUGAAUUUUGGGAAAGAGCUGUGCCGGAGAUCUUGGUUCAAGACGCUGUGACCGCAGAUGUACGUAGCCAGCGCUUCCGGCAGUUCUGCUACGAUGAGACUGAUGGGCCCCGAAAGGUUUGCAGCCAGCUCCAUGGACUUUGCAACCACUGGCUGGAGCCCGAGAGGCAUACCAAGAAGGAGAUUGUUGACCUGGUGAUCCUGGAGCAGUUUCUGGCCAUCCUGCCCCAGGAAGUACAGGGCUGGGUGAGAGGAUGCGGGCCCGAGACCAGUUCCCAGGCAGUGGCCCUGGCUGAAGGUUUCCUCCUGAGUCAGACAGAGGAGAAGAGGCUGGCACAGCAGACGUGGGGAGGAUCCAUGAAAGAGGAAGCAAAGUUCUCUGAGGUCCAUGCCCAGGAUGCCUUGUCAAAUGGCAGUGAAGAGACGUUAUGGAGCCCACUUCUUUGCAGAGAAGUGGGAACAGCUGCUCGACCUCUGGUCCAGUCUCCAUUUUCUUUUGAGGAGGUGGCCGUGUAUUUCACCAUGAUGGAGUGGGCCCUGCUGGAUCCAGGCCAAAAAGCUCUCUACAGGGAUGUCAUGCUGGAGAACUAUGAGAGCGUGGCUUUUCUGGAAGCCAGGAAUGUAAGAGACACUGUAGUGGAGACAGACAAAGGCCUCGCAUCGGAAGAAUGGCUGCAAAGUGUCUCCGGAAGACCUCAAGAGACUAUUUCCUUCCCAAGUGAACUGACUGCAACAGGGCAUGAUCAGAGAAAUGAGGAGGAUAAGGAACUGUAUCAUCUAUCACCAGAUGAGGUCAAGAUUCAAGGCAGGCUGAAGAGGCAGAAAGUCAGCCAUAGGGGGAAGGAGAAGAAUAAAUCCAUUCCUUGCCGAGAGGGGGAUUUCCAAGAAGCAAUUCACAUGUUGGAGGAAACAUACAAGUGCUUGGAGUGUGGAAUGAACUUCUCAAAUCUAACCCAAUAUAAUGUCCAUGUCCAAGUACACAUUGGAAAUAAGAACUAUCAAUGUCAGAAGUGUGGAAAAGUUAUGAUAUGCAAAACAGAGUUCCUUAGACAUCUAAGGACACAUACAGGAGAGAAAUUUUAUAGUGGCUCAGGCUGUUGCAAGAAUUUCUCAGAGAAAUCGGACCACCUUCAACACCAAAGAAUUCAUUCUGGAGAGAAGCCCUUUAUUUGUUCUGAGAGUGUAAUUAUGUAUUUCGGUGGGAAAAAGUGUAACAUUCAUUUUCCAGAGCACCACAUAAUGAAGGCAUAUAAAUGCUUUCAGUGUGGGAAGUACUUCAAAUACAAAUCCCAGCGCCUUGUUCACCAAAGGAUCCACACAGCUGGGAAACCUUUUGAAUACUCAGAGUCUGGGAAGAGAUUCAUUCCGAGUAACCAAAGUCAUCUAAGAAUCCGCACAGCGGAGAAGCCUUUUGAAUGCUCAGAGUGUGGAAUGAGAUUCAGUCACAGUAGCACUCUUGAGGAACAUCAAAGAAUCCACGCAGGGGAGAAGCCUUUUGAAUGCUCAGAGUGUUGGAAGAGAUUCAGUCACAGUAGCACUCUUGAGGAACAUCAAAGAAUCCACACAGGGGAGAAGCCUUUUGAAUGCUCAGAAUGUGGAAUGAGAUUCAGUCACAGUAGCACUCUUGAAGAAUAUCAAAGAAUCCACACAGGGGAGAAGCCUUUUGAAUGCUCAGAGUAUGGGAAGAGAUUCAAUCAUAGUAGCACUCUUGAGGAACAUCAAAUAAUCUGCACAGGGGAGAAGCCUUUUGAAAGCUCAGAGUGUGGGAAGAGAUUCAAUCAUAGUAGCACUCUUGAGGAACAUCAAAGAAUCCACGCAGGGGAGAAGCCUUUUGAAUGCUCAGAGAGUGAGAAGCGAUUCAGUCACAGUAGCACUCUUGAGGAACAUCAAAGAAUCCACGCAGGGGAGAAGCCUUUUGAAUGCUCAGAGUGUGGGAAGAGAUUCAGUCAGAGUGGCGAUCUUCAAAAACAUCUAAGAACCCACACCGUGGAGAAGCCUUUUGAAUGCUCAGAGUGUGGAAAGAGAUUCAGUCACAGUAGCACUCUUGAGGAACAUCAAAGAAUCCACACAGGAGAGAAACCUUUUGAAUGCUCAGAAUGUGGGAAGAGAUUCAGUCAGAGUGGUGAUCUUCAAAAACAUCUAAGAACCCACACAGGAGAGAAGCCUUUUGAAUGCUUAGUGUGUGGUAAGAGAUUCAGUCAGAGUGGCCAUCUUCAAAGACAUCUAAGAAUCCACACAGGGGAGAAGCCUUUUGAAUGCUCAGAGUGUGGUAAACGAUUCAGUCAGAGUGGUGAUCUUCAAAAACAUCACAGAGCCCACACAGGGGAGAAGCCUUUUGAAUGCUCAGAGUGUGGGAAGAAAUUCAGUCAGAGUAGCAAUCUUCAACAGCAUCAGAGAACUCACACAGGGGAGAAACCUUUUGAAUGCUCAGUGUGUGGAAAGAGAUUCAGUCACAAUGGCCAUCUUCAACAGCAUCAAAGAACCCACACAGGGGAGAAGCCUUUUGAAUGCUCAGAGUGUGGGAAGAGAUUCAGUCAUAGUUGCAGUCUUGUACAACAUCUAGGAAUCCACACAGGGGAGAAGCCUUUUAAAUGCUUAGAGUGUGGAAAGAGAUUCAGUCACAGUAGCACUCUUCAACAGCAUCUAAGAACCCACACAGGGGAGAAGCCUUUUGAAUGCUCAGAGUGUGGGAAGAGAUUCAGGGACAGUUGCAGUCUUGUACAACAUCUAGGAAUCCACACAGGGGAGAAGCCUUUUAAAUGCUUAGAGUGUGGAAAGAGAUUCAGUCACACUAGCACUCUUCAACAGCAUCUAAGAACCCACACAGGGGAGAAGCCUUUUGAAUGAUAUAAAUGUGGGGAGAGAUUCAGUCACAGUAGCAGUCUUCAAAGUCAUCUAUAAACCCACACAGGGGAGGUGUCUUGAAUGCUCUCAGAGUGUGGGAAGUGAUUAAGAGAAGCACUCUUCAAAAACAUCUAAGAAUCCACAUAGAGGAGAAGCCUUUUGAAUGCUCAGAGUUUUGAAAGGGAUUCAUUUACAGUAACAGUUUUGAAAAGCAUCAAAGAACCCACAAAGGGGAGAAGCCUUUUGAAUUCUCACACUGUGAGAAGAGAUUCAUUCAAAGUGCCCAUCUUGAACAGCGUGAAGGAAUCCACAGAUGGCAAAAAUCUUUUGAAUACAAAAGAGAUUGAGUCAGCAGCAUCUAAGAACCCACACAAGGAAAAGCCAUGUAACUUCUUAGCCUAGGGAUAUCAGACUUAUUUGUUAUGAGGAUCUGAAUUAACGCCACUUUGUUGGGUUGGGCCAUGUGUGCCAUACAAUGUAACCUCAGGUACCAGAGAUACAAAUUUUAGAAAGUACAAAGGCAAACCCAAUUAAUGUUAUUUUCUACUCUGAUUAUAAACAUAUUAAAGAAUUAACAGCC